AUGGUCGGAUCCCCGCCGUCCUCCGCCGCCGGGACCUCAGAUCUCUCCAGAAGAUCCCUCCGGACCAGCUUCUACAGCAGCCCCGAGUUCGAAAAGAAGAUCCGGGCCUCCGCCAAAAUCCGUUCAACAAAUGGGAUCUCCGUUUUGGUGACCGGCGCAGCCGGUUUCGUCGGCACCCACGUCUCCUCCGCCCUCAUCCGCCGCGGCGACGGCGUUGUGGGCCUCGAUAGUUUCAACGACUAUUACGAUCCGUCCCUCAAACGCGCCCGGCAAUCCCUCCUCGAGCGCAUUGGGGUUUACAUCGUCGAGGGCGACAUAAAUGACUCAAAAUUGCUGAAAAGGCUUUUCGAAAUCGUGCCUUUCACGCACGUAAUGCACUUAGCUGCUCAGGCCGGAGUUCGAUACGCCAUGGUUAAUCCUGGCUCUUACAUACACAGCAAUAUAGCUGGAUUUGUUAACUUGCUCGAGGUUUGCAAGAGUGUAAAUCCUCAGCCGGCCAUUGUUUGGGCCUCGAGUAGCUCGGUUUACGGUUUAAACAAGAAUGUACCUUUUUCCGAAAGGGACCGAACAGAUCAGCCGGCUAGCCUUUACGCCGCCACUAAAAAGGCCGGUGAGGAAAUUGCUCACACUUAUAAUCACAUAUACGGGCUAUCCUUAACCGGGCUUAGGUUCUUCACGGUUUACGGGCCGUGGGGAAGGCCUGACAUGGCAUAUUUCUUCUUCACCAAGGAUAUAUUGAAAGGGAAAUCGAUACCGAUCUUUGAAGCUGCUAAUCACGGUACUGUGGCGAGAGAUUUUACGUACAUUGAUGAUAUUGUUAAGGGCUGUUUGGGCGCUUUAGAUACUGCGGAAAAGAGUACGGGCAGUGGAGGGAAAAAGCAAGGCCCGGCUCAGUUGAGAGUUUAUAAUUUAGGGAAUACUUCACCUGUGCCCGUCUCUGAUCUUGUUAGCAUUUUGGAGAGAUUGCUUAAGGUUAAGGCGAAAAGGAUGGUUAUGAAGCUGCCGAGGAAUGGUGAUGUUCAGUUUACGCAUGCUAAUAUUAGUUUGGCUCAAAGGGAGCUCGGUUAUAAGCCAACGACCGAUUUGCAGACAGGGCUGAAGAAAUUCGUCCGGUGGUACCUCAGUUACUAUGAUGGGAAAAAGCGUGAGCAGUGA